AUGCAAAUCCCUUUCUUGACAGCAAAGAAGCUAAUCAAAACAGUAAUCAUUGAAGAACUGGAACAGAAACGGCAGUUGGAGUUAAAAGAGAAGCAAUGGGCUUCUUUACUAGAAGGAAAUGGAAGAGUGCUAAGUAUCCUUAGUGGAAGCCUACAGAAUCUUUUGCCUGCUACAGAGCGUUUAGUAAAAGCUAAAUCAGAUGGCUCUCUUGCUUCUACUACUACUGCUCCAACAGAACCAAAUCUAAGUAAACUUCGUUCUCGCUCUCUGGAACCAAUUACUGGUUUAGCGAUGUGGAGCUCAGAGCCUCACAUCAUUGAGCUUGUAAAAGGGGAGCGAGGGCUUGGCUUUUCUAUUCUAGAUUAUCAGUCUGCUUAG